CGGGCAUCGGGUCACCAGGCAUCAGGUCAUUUGGCUCGACCGCGGCACCGCGUCAUCGGCACUGGCAAGGCAGUGGGCUCCGAGUCAACUGGUAUGACCGCGGGCACUGGGUUAGACAUUGGAUCGUCUGGCUGGACAGCGGGCAUCGGGUCACCAGGCAUCAAGGUCAUUUGGCUCGACAGCGAGCACCGCGUCAUCUGGCAAGGCAGUGGGCUCCGAGUCAACUGGCAUGACCAGCGGGCACCGGGGCAGACAUUGAAUCGUCUGGCUGGACAGCGGGCAUCGGGUCACCAGGCAUCAGGUCAUUUGGCUCGACAGCGGGCACCGCGUCAUCUGGCAAGGCAGUGGUCUCCGAGUCAAGGUCACCAGGCACGACAGUGGGCACCGGGUCAUCAGGUACCGGAUUGUCUGGCUCGACAGCGGGCAUCGGGUCAUCAGGCAUCAGGUCAUUUGGCUUGCCAGCGGGCACCGCGUCAUCUGGCAAGGCAGUGGGCACCGAGUCACCAGGUA